GAAGUGGUAUAUAAUUAUGAAAAGCAUCAUAUUUUGUGUGAUGUUUAUAUUCUUCGAUAUCGAUGAUUAUGAUAAAUGACGACAUUUCUCAUCACAGUUGAUGCAAAUGAUUUAAUUUGGUCAGGAAAUGUUUUGAUUAUUGUUUUUUGUUAAUGUUUUGUAGAAAAAAAAAUCAUUAAAUGAGAUAAUAAUAAUAUAUAUUGUUGAGAUAAAAUCUUGAAUUAAUUAUGGAUUCAUUUGAUGAUACCGCCACUGUUCAAAAAAUCAUUGCCGAAAAAUCAUGCCAUUUUGAUGUGGAAAAUAUUGAAUUAAAAUUGAAAAAUUUAAUAAUUGAUAAAAAAUGUUCAAAGUUCAAAUUUAAUAGUCAUAAUAUUUUAUCGAAUCCCUUUUGUAAACGAAAAUGUUUAAAGAAUAAGAAAAAUUUCACUUCUAAAACCAAGUCAACCAAUCAAACAAAGAAACAUGUUCCACUUAAUUUGGAUGAUGCCAAUGAUGUGAUUCAAACUAGCGAUAGUUGUCAAACAGAUAUAGUGGGCAACAAACUCAUGGCCGAUAUUAAUGAUAAAAUGGCUUCAUUGUGGACCGAAAAUGGUUACCGAAAUACAAAUAGUGAUGAUGGUCAUUGUGGUCAGAAAAAUAAUAAACAUCAAUCAAAAGAGAUAAAUUUGACGAAAAACAACAUCAAUAAUAAUAAUAAUAAUAAUGAAAAUUAUACGGAAACAUCAACUUUAUCUUCAAGUCAGCAACAACAAACUUGUGCUCAACAAGCAACAUUAUAUGAUAAUUGUGAUUCAUCAUUGGUUAUAGAAUUGGCAGCCUAUCUUGACGAAACCUUGUAUAUACCAAAAAAGAUGUCAUUCAUGGCUGAAAUGAUGUACACUUGAUUAUUAUGUUCGAAAUGAUAUAUGGAUAUAAUAUAU